UUUUUCCUUUUUCCUUUUUCCUUUCGCAUUCUACUCUGUAUUAAGAGACAACAUCUUUGGUAAUGUUGAGUUCGUUGGCAAAGAGUCGGGCACAGGCUACCGCUCUGAGAAUACCCAUAAUAAGACAAUCUAUUACACCCAAGAGUAUAUUGAUGGCGCCGGCAGCGAGACGGAGCAACAGCUCCCUUCCCGCAGGGUAUGUAGAGGACAAGUCAAAAGGCGCAAUGCUUCGAUUCCAAGAAUCGCUUCCUCGAUUACCAGUCCCGACCCUCGAGGAGACCGCAGCCCGCUACGUGAAGAGCUUACAUCCUUUGUUAAGCCCCGCCGAAUAUGCCGCAAGUAAGAAGGCUGUCGACGAAUUCAUAAAACCUGGGGGUGUAGGACAGAAGCUACAGGAGAAACUGAUCGCGCGACGUGAAAACCCCAAUAUCAAGAACUGGAUAUACGAGUGGUGGAACGAUGUAGCGUACCUCAGUUAUCGAGACCCUGUUGUUCCCUAUGUCAGCUACUUCUACUCUCACCGAGAUGACCGACGGCGGAGAAACCCCGCAAAGCGCGCCGCCGCCCUGACCACCGCCGCGCUCGAAUUCAAGAAGCAAGUCGACUCUGGCUCGCUUGAGCCUGAAUACAUGAAGAAGCUGCCGAUUUGUAUGGACAGCUACAAGUGGAUGUUCAACACCAGCCGUGUACCAGCUAGACCCGCCGAUCACCCCGUCAAAUACGACCCCAAGGACCACAAGCACAUUAUCGUCAUCCGAAAGAACCAGUUCUUUAAGGUUGCUCACGAAGUAGACGGAAAUCAGCUCAACACCUCUGAGCUCGAAUCGCAGUUUGCCCGCAUCUAUGACCUUGCAAAGGGCGCCCCCGCAGUGGGUGCCCUCACUUCCGAGAACAGGGAUGUUUGGACGGACGCGCGCAAGGUGUUGCUAGACGCUUCGCCUAAGAACAAGGAGGCCAUCGAAGCCAUUGAGUCGGCCUCUUUCGUUGUUUGCUUAGACGAUGCCUCUCCAGUUACUCUCGAGGAGCGCGCACACCAGUACUGGCACGGUGACGGCCAGAAUCGAUGGUAUGACAAGCCCCUGCAGUUCAUCGUGAACGACAACGGUACAUCCGGUUUCCUGGGCGAGCACAGCAUGAUGGACGGUACACCUACACACCGUCUAAAUGACUAUGUUAACGACGUCAUCUUUGGUAACAAGCUCGACUUCAGCAACCCGUCAGUGCGAUCUAACCUGCCCGAGCCAACUCCGGUCAGCUUCGAAGUCACUAAGGAUGUGCAAGCGGAGAUUGGCCGCGCAAUCCGAGACUUCAACGAGGUUAUCGGGAAGCACGAGCUCGCGGUCCAGGCCUACCAGGCCUACGGCAAGGGUUUGAUCAAGAAAUUCAAGUGCUCGCCCGACGCAUACGUGCAGAUGGUGAUCCAGCUGGCGUACCACAAGAUGUACGGCAAGAACCGGCCAACGUACGAGUCUGCCGCGACCCGACGUUUCCAGCAGGGGCGCACAGAGACAUGUCGCACGGUCUCAGACGAGAGCGUCGCUUUCUGCAACGCUAUGGCCGACCCGGAGGUUUCUGAGAAGGACCGCGCCGACCUGUUCCGCAAGGCCGUCGCUGCGCAUAUUGAGUACAUCGGCGCUGCGUCCGACGGCAAGGGCGUCGAUCGCCACCUUUUCGGUCUUAAGAGGCUGCUUGAGCCUGGCGAGGAUCUCCCUGCUAUUUACAAGGACCCGGCUUACGGCUACAGCAGCUCCUGGUUCUUGUCUACCAGCCAACUCAGUUCCGAGUUCUUCAAUGGAUACGGCUGGAGCCAGGUCAUUGAUGCUGGGUUCGGAAUUGCGUAUAUGAUCAAUGAGAACAGCCUCAACUUCAACAUCGUGUCUAAGGGCCUUGGUAGCGAUAAGAUGAGCUACUAUAUCAACGAGGCCGCUAACGACCUCCGCGACUUGCUUUUCCCUACCAUCGAGCCGCCCAAGGCUAAGCUGUAAGGAAUAGGUCCUUUUCUGCAUGCGCUUUUAUGUAUGUUGUUAGCGAGAGGAAUAGAAGGUAUAUGUAUCUUUACACCCUUAUAUUGGGUAUAUACCGUCGCAUGGCAUGUUAGCGCAUUGAGCGCUUCUCCCCAACAUUUUUGGUUUCGCUAGGUUUCUAGAGCAUCGGACCGGUGUUAGUGGAUAUAUUCUAUAUGUACCUAGAAGCUACCUGGCCAGCUAUAGUGGCUACAUACAGCCAUAUGGAAUAAAUCAAGAAUUUAAGAAGACCAGUCAUAAUCACAUGAC